AUGGUUCGGCCAAAUCUCCUGGCGUGUCUUAUCUGCACCUGCAGAUGUGCACGGAAGUGGCAGCGGAUAUCGGUGUACUUAGCGGGACAGAUUCAGGAGUACACGUCGAAAACGGACUGGGCUCUGAAGCUGCCAGACCUGGCACUGCUAGGGAGCCUGGUUCGCUACCCCAAAAUCGCGACGAAGAUGGUGGACGACCUCGAUUUUGCACGACGCCUGCAAUGCUUUUCCACCGAGGCUUUCACAGGACUCAACCAGUACGUCAAGAGGAGCAUCAAGCUAUGCGUGAUGCACUUGCGGUCUGUCGAAAGGAAGCAGAAGCGUCUGAAGGCAGAGCAGCUGAAAAGGCAGCUGGGCAUCCAACGCAGGGCCAUGCGGAUCGAGGUCUACCUCGCGAGGAGAGGACACCCCUGA